AUGCAAAGCCCGAUUCAGUCUGCUCACCCCACCUCACUUCGUGAGCCCUUUUCGUGGCGGCGUGGUUUACGUUCCUUCUGCUGCAGCUGGUUCUUUGAAGAUGAAGGGGGUCUCUCAUUUUCACUUCUUGUUUCCAGUCGCCCUAGUGAUGUUUCUUCUCUUCCUCUCGCCAUGGCUUCCCUUCCUGCCGCGGAGGACUCGCCUGAGACCGCCCCGGAGAAGCCACCCGAUCAUAGGGAUAGCGGCCUAGAUUUCCUUCGACGUAGCGUAGCUCCGGUCACACCAGAACCUCUUGUUACCGCUGCAGUUGUUAAUACCGACGUGAACCCAUCGUCCAGCAAGGAGCCGCAGCCGGCCCCCAAUCCCGCGCCUUCCCCAGCGCCGUUCACUCUCCUUCCCGCCAUCGCGUCGUCCAGUAAAGCGCCUCCCUCUGCAGUUGGUAGCAGCGGCUGCAACGAUGCCGCUCCCGCGUCCGAGGGUCGUACGGCUAAGAAGGCGCGCACGUUUGUACUGCGAGGCAAGCUACAGCAGAGCACGUUGACCUUCGGCGGUGUGCGCGUGCCACCACCUAGUGCACCCGAGGAGGAGGAGCCCGAACCUGAGGAACCAGAGGAGAUACCUGUACGUGCGGACACCAACUCCCCCGUUCUGUCCAGGGCUGAGCUGAUGGAGCAGAAGUACAUAGAGGCAAGUGUCAAGUACAACACGCAGUGGUUGCCGAAAUUCCCGUGGCUGCUCUUGCUUCGCGCUAAAGAUGGUGGUCCUAGUGUGAAGUGCAGUGUGUGUCUCUCAUUCGGCAAAGAGACAACGAAGUACUCAGGUCCUGGUGACGGCGGCCGAGACCUGCAGACGCAGACGAUGCGUAUCCACGAGCACACAUCGGUCCACAAGGAGGCAAUGCAGCGUCAGGCGGAGAUUGCGGAGGCGAUUUCGAACGGCCAGACGGAAAUCGACCGCUUCAUGAACGCGGACGUGGAGGGUCGGCGAGCUAUCCGGCUGAUGCGGUCGGUGCAGUUUCUCUGCCAGGAGGACACGCCCAUCAGCAUGUUCCCGAAGCUGAUGAGGCAUCUCGCUGAGCAGGACACCCCCGACAUCCCAAAGCAAGCCUACGGGGUGUACCUCACGCGAGAGGCAUUGGCGGUGAAGGACGCUGCCACUUCAAAUCUGGACCUCGCGAUGGUGGACACGGUGGUCCGCACGCUUGCUGAACACCUUGGCGCCUCCAGCCACUGGAGCCAGCGGUUCAAGUACCUGCAGCGCGUCAUUUACAACACGAACCUCGAGGUCCAGGGAAUUCACAGCGUGCGCUGGCUGUCCCGGGGCGACGCGGUGAAGCGACUAUGCAAGGUGCUGGGCGCUGCGAUUAUUCUCUUCCACGAGAAGGAGCACGACUUGUACGAGACAGUUACAUCGUACAAGUUCCAGUUCUGCCUCUUCUUCCUCGCAGACAUCCUCGGCGACCUUAACGAUCUGAACCGGUCGUUUCAAAAGCGGAGGCAGCGUUACGAUCGGAAGCGCAAGGAGAAGGAGCCGGAGGAGGAGGAGGAACCCAACGAGCCGGCAGGCGAGGAGGAGUUCGCUGAGUCAGACGACGACCGUGACGACAACAUGGAGAUGGACCAGGAAAUCGAGCAGUCGCCGCCCCAAGAUUACUCCGAGGACGAAGAUAACCCCUUCCUGUCGGAUGGCGAGGAGGAGGGGGGAGAGGAGGAGAUGUAUGAGAUAGACAAGCCGACUGAGUAG